AUGUCCCAAUCCGGUAUUUUCCCAAUACUCAAGUUACCGGUAAAUAAUGUGUCAUCCUUGGUUCUUGUAAGAGCCCGAUUUCUGUACCAAAACUAUGAUGGACUUGGGAAACCCCCUGCAUUCUCUGUUUCCCUUGGGAGAGCAAUUACUAGCACUAUAAAUCUCACUACUAAUGAUCCUUGGACGGAAGAGUUUUUAUGGUCAGAAAAUAAUGAAACGCUGUCAUUCUGCUUGCUUGCUAUACCGGAUGGUGGAUCUCCUCUCAUUUCUUCAAUUGAAGUGAGGCCACUUCCUCAAGGAGCCUAUGCAAGUGGCAUGGGAGAUUUCCCCAUUAAGUCACUUAGGAAGAGUUAUCGAAUCAAUUGUGGUUAUGCCAAUGGCUCAUUGAGGUAUCCUUUGGAUCCAUAUGAUCGUAUAUGGGACGCUGAUAAAAAUUUUACACCCUUUCAUGUGUCAACGGGGUUUAAGAUCCAACGUAACUUCAAUCUGUCUACUCUAAGGGAGAGUCCACCUGCUGCUGUUCUUGAAACUGCGAGAGUUCUGGCAAAAAAGGAAGUGCUGACAUACAACCUUGCUCUUGAUACACUAGCAGAUUACUACAUUGUCCUCUAUUUUGCUGGGAUUGUUCCUGUUUCACCUUCGUUCAAUUUAUUAAUCAAUGGAGAUGUUGUACAAUCAAACUAUACUGUAAAAAUGUCAGAGGUUAGUGCUCUAUACUUUACGAGGAAAGAGAUCAAGAGCUUGAACAUUACACUAAAGAGUAUCACUUUGAAAACAUAGGAAAGCAAUCAUCUUUGCAGAUGGAAGAAACAUGAAAGUCUGAGUUUCUAUAGUUAUAUGAUAAAUUAGAAUAUAAUAAUUUCUGGAUCUACAUAUGAAAUAAUGUAGCCUUAACUGAUGGAGAUAUGUUGAACACAAAAAUGCUCAGACCAUAUAGUCAAAUUGUACUUUAUAGCAGUCGUGUAGUUCUGCAUUAUGAACAGAUAUGUGGGCAACUAUAUUAUGGUUUUUAGGACAACUUUGUGCUUCUUUGGAUCGCUUAUGCUAUAUCCUUCAUCAUUUACAUGGUAACCAACUGUUUGAUAAUAAGUAGACCAUAAGCAUUACCAUGGAAAGCAAGAUGAUUAGAAUAUCAGCAAAUUAACUUUAUUCUUGUUAAUUGAUAGAAAUCUGUAGAAGUCCUUUUUCAUUCUUAAUAUUCCAUCAUUACUAUUGAAGGGUAUAAAUGGUUCCAUUUCUGAGCCUUGUGCAGUAAUAUCCUUUUGGACAUGGAAAUGAAUGCGAAGGUCUGUGACUUUGGCCUCUCUAAACAAAUAACCCAGGCAGAUGCAACUCAUGUGACAACUGUUGUCAAUGGCACUGCUGGCUAUCUAGAU